AUGUCCGCUCGCUUCUAUAGCAAAAAUAUGAUGCUGUCAGUUAGUGAAGGGCUAGGUCAAUAUAAUAAACACAAUUUUUUUAUCAAAGACUUAGGCUUAUUUAUCAAGUGUGAUCUAUUAUAUAUUACAAAUCGUUCUCGAUUCUGCUCAACCAUGUUUCAAAACCUAUUAAGAACUAACGUGAAAGGAUCGCUAUGUAACUUCCAGGUUCCGUCAAGGUUACUAGUUACUAGUUUCAGACAACAGCAACCGAAUACGAAUGGGAUUACAUUUCGACUCUGCUAUAGUACCAAGCCGGAAAUAACAAAGGAUCAAAGGAGGAAAGAUGAAUACAACGACAAAUUGCAUAAAAUGAUCAAAAAAUCGAAAGUACUAACGAGACUAAAUGAUAACCCUAAAUUUUCGCAUUAUUUCAAUCGAUUAUCAGAAACUGGUACAAUUCCGACGGUAACUUCUUUCUUAUUAUUACAUGAAUUGACUGCAAUUGCUCCAUUACUCUUACUAUGGUGGAUUUUUUAUAACUUAGACUUUGAAGGAGAAUCUACAUCAUUUGAGUUACCUGACUAUAUUCAUGAUUUACUUGAAAGAUGUAACAAAGCAAUUGAUAAGCUUGUUGGUGAUAAAUAUGACGGUAAAUUUGACAGGAAAAAACUUGUUUUGACAGGUGCUAUAUCUUAUACAAUUGUCAAGUUGUUGUAUCCUGCAAGAAUUUUACUGAGUCUGUGGGGCGCACCAUAUUUUGGGAGAUGGAUGAUGAUUCCUUUUCAAAGGCUAAAAAUGUACUUAAAAAAAUGA